UAAUUCUGCGCAAGGCCAACAUUGGGAUCAUGGGAAAGAUUCUCAUGUGGGUCACAGCAUCACUCGUAGGGAUGUGAAAAGUUCGACUCAACUCCAAGUCAGACUUGGGAUCAAGUCCUAA